UGCCGGAGAGGGGAGGAGAAGGGAGCGCAGCGGCAGCUGUGACUGUAUCGUCUCCAGCCACAGCCGGCGGCGGAUGUGCCAAGCAGCAGCCGCUGCACCGGUGCGCCGCUGCUGAGCCUGGCAGAACCGCAGAGGAGGGGGGAGGACAUCACAGACUGAUCCAGAGACUUUGCCUCUCUAGAACAGGCGGUGGAUGUGGAGCCAGCCGCUCCCCUCGCAGCCGCCGCCGCCACCAGGCAGUUGUCCCACAGCAGCACCACAACACAAAGCGAAGGAUGCUGCAGCUGGGCAAGGUCAGGACCUUGCAUUGAAGCCCGGGGGCGCCGCACACACCUUCCCCACCGGAUUGAGGAUUUGCCUUUUAUUUGCUGUGUAUGCCUGGGAAAAAGCAGGCAGGGUCGACGCCGUUCGGAGCUAUGCCUGUACCAGACCAGCCGUCAUCUUCUGACAAGACAAGUUCCCUUAGUCCUGUGCUGAAUACAUCCAAUGGAGACGGUUCUGAAACAGAGACAACCUCUGCUAUUCUAGCUUCAGUUAAGGAACAGGAGCUGCAGUUUGAGAGACUGACUCGAGAACUUGAGGCUGAACGCCAGAUUGUAGCCAGCCAACUGGAGAGAUGUAAGCUUGGAUCAGACACUGGAAGCAUGAGCAGCAUUAGUUCAACAGAAGAGCAGUUUCAUUGGCAAACGCAAGAUGGUCAGAAGGCUAUAGAGGAUGAGCUCACAACUGGUCUUGAGCUGGUGGACUCCUGUAUUAGAUCACUGCAGGAAUCAGGAAUACUUGAUCCACAGGACUACUCAACUAGUGAAAGGCCCAGCCUUCUAUCCCAGAGUGCACUUCAGCUCAAUUCCAAACCUGAAGGGUCUUUCCAGUAUUCAGCGAGCUACCAUAGCAACCAGACCCUUGCCCUGGGUGAAACAGCAACAACACAGCUCCCAGCCCGCAGCAGUCAAGCCAGAGCUGCCAUUCAGAGCUACAGCCAGGGCACAACUAGUCGAGCAGCCCAUUUAGCUGGCUCUGAACCUUCUCAGUCAAGAGAGUCCUUUGUGCCAAGCCAUGGGAGCGCGUUCCAUUUGCCUGAUUCCCAGCAUUCUUCAACACUUUAUUACUCCAGCUCCACUCUGCCAGCCCAGAGAGUGAGCUCCCCGCUGUCCAUGCAGCAGGUGGGCUCUCCAACCAAGCUCCAGCGGGUGGGUUCAGCAUCGGAGAGCGCUGGAUACAGCACCACGCAGCGGGUCUCUUCUCCCAAGCAGUCUCCAAGCCGGCUAGCCAAGUCUUACAGCACCAGCUCACCAAUCAAUAUUGUUGUGUCUUCAGCAGGACUUUCUCCUUCCCCAGUUCGUGUGACGUCUCCACCCACCAUCCAGUCUAAUAUUUCCUCCUCUCCUAUACAUCAGCUAAGCUCCACCAUUGGCACUUAUGCUACUCUGUCUCCUACCAAACGGCUGGUCCACACAUCAGAUCAGUACAGCAAGCAUUCCCAGGAACUAUAUGCCACUGCUACCCUACAGAGACCUGGCACCCUAGCAGCUGGGUCUCGGGCAUCUUACAGCAGCCAGCACAGCCACCUUGGCUCCGAAUUAAGGGCGCUGCAGUCUCCAGAGCACCAUAUAGAUCCCAUUUACGAAGAUAGAGUGUAUCAGAAGCCCCCUAUGAGGAGUCUCAGCCAGAGUCAGGGGGACCCUCUGCAACCAUCACAUACAGGCACUUAUCGCACUAGCACGGCCCCAUCUUCCCCUGGUGUCGACUCCGUACCCUUACAGCGCACAGGCAGUCAGCACGGCACACAGAACGCAACAUCGACCUUCCAGAGGGCCAGCUAUGCUGCAGGCCCAGCCUCCAAUUACGCAGACCCCUACCGACAGCUGCAGUAUUGUCCUUCUGUUGAAUCACCAUACAGCAAAUCUGGGCCAGCCAUUCCACCAGAAGGGACCUUGGCUAGGUCACCUUCCAUUGAUAGCAUUCAGAAAGAUCCCAGGGAGUUUGGAUGGAGAGAUCCUGAACUUCCUGAAGUUAUACAGAUGCUACAGCAUCAGUUCCCUUCAGUACAGUCCAAUGCCGCAGCCUACUUGCAGCAUCUCUGUUUUGGAGACAAUAAAAUAAAAGCAGAGAUAAGAAGACAAGGAGGAAUACAGUUACUGGUGGACCUGUUGGAUCAUCGAAUGACAGAAGUCCACCGUAGUGCCUGUGGAGCUUUGAGAAACUUGGUGUAUGGGAAAGCAAAUGAUGACAACAAAAUUGCUCUGAAAAACUGUGGAGGUAUCCCAGCAUUAGUACGGUUGCUCCGCAAGACUACAGAUUUGGAAAUCAGAGAACUGGUCACAGGAGUUCUCUGGAAUCUGUCCUCGUGUGAUGCACUGAAAAUGCCAAUCAUCCAGGAUGCUCUUGCAGUGUUGACUAAUGCAGUGAUCAUCCCUCACUCGGGAUGGGACAACUCGCCCCUCCAGGAUGAUCACAAAAUACAGCUCCAUUCAUCACAGGUGCUGCGCAAUGCCACUGGGUGCCUAAGGAAUGUCAGCUCUGCUGGAGAGGAGGCCCGCAGAAGAAUGAGGGAGUGUGAUGGACUUACUGAUGCAUUGCUGUACGUGAUUCAGUCUGCUCUUGGGAGCAGUGAAAUUGAUAGCAAGACCGUUGAAAACUGUGUAUGCAUUUUGAGGAACCUCUCAUACAGGCUCGCUGCAGAAACAUCUCAGGGACAGCAGAUGGGAACAGACGAACUCGAUGGGUUACUGUGUGGUGAUGCUAAUGGCAAAGAUGCAGAGAGUUCAGGUUGUUGGGGCAAGAAGAAGAAGAAAAAGAAAUCCCAAGAUCAGUGGGAUGGAGUAGGACCUCUCCCAGACUGUGCAGAACCACCAAAAGGAAUCCAGAUGCUGUGGCACCCUUCAAUAGUCAAACCCUACCUCACGCUUCUCUCUGAGUGCUCAAAUCCAGACACACUGGAAGGAGCUGCAGGUGCACUGCAGAACUUGGCUGCAGGAAGCUGGAAGUGGUCAGUGUAUAUCCGUGCUGCCGUCCGCAAAGAAAAAGGCCUGCCGAUCCUAGUGGAGCUACUUCGAAUAGACAAUGACCGGGUGGUAUGUGCAGUUGCUACAGCUUUACGAAACAUGGCCUUAGAUGUCAGAAAUAAGGAGCUAAUAGGCAAGUAUGCCAUGCGGGAUCUGGUCCACCGACUUCCAGGAGGCAACAACAGCAACAGCUCAGCAAGCAAGACCAUGUCGGAUGACACCGUUACUGCCAUUUGCUGCACUCUGCAUGAAGUUAUCACUAAAAACAUGGAGAAUGCCAAGGCCUUACGGGAUGCAGGAGGCAUUGAGAAGCUGGUUGGCAUUUCCAAGAGUAAAGGAGACAAGCACUCACCAAAAGUGGUGAAAGCAGCAUCUCAGGUCCUAAAUAGCAUGUGGCAGUACAGAGACCUGAGAAGUCUCUACAAGAAGGAUGGAUGGUCACAGUAUCACUUUAUAGCCUCAUCUUCGACAAUAGAGCGGGAUCGGCAAAGACCAUACUCCUCAUCACGCACGCCCUCCAUCUCACCAGUGCGCAUGUCUCCUAAUAAUCGCUCAGCAAGUGCCCCAGCCUCACCUCGGGAAAUGAUCAGCCUAAAAGAAAGGAAAACAGACUACGAAUCAACUGGAACAAAUGCCGCUUACCAUGGUAAUAAAGGAGAACACACUUCCAGGAAAGACACCAUGACAGCUCAAAACGCUGGAAUCUCAACUUUGUACAGGAAUUCUUAUGGUGCACCUGCUGAAGAUAUCAAACACAACCAGGUUUCAACACAGCCAGUUCCACAGGAGCCCAGUAGAAAAGAUUAUGAACCAUACCAGCCGUUUCAGAAUUCGACAAGAAACUAUGAUGAGUCCUUCUUUGAGGAUCAAGUGCAUCAUCGCCCACCUGCAAGUGAAUACAACAUGCAUCUGGGACUAAAAUCAACUGGCAACUACGUCGACUUCUAUUCAGCUGCUCGUCCCUAUAGUGAACUUAACUAUGAAACAAGCCACUAUCCAGCUUCUCCAGAUUCCUGGGUUUGAGGCUUGGGCAAGACACAAAAGCUCCAGGAACUGUGCAUGUGCAUGCAUACCACAAGACAUUUUUUUCCUGCAAAUUUAGUUUGUUAAAGCCUGUUCCAUAGGAAGGCUCUGAUAAUCAGUAUGGAAAAUUUAAGAUAUUUUAGAAGGCUAAAAGAAAUGAAAGUUAAACAUGGAAGUCAUUAGAAAGAUAUAUAUAUAUAUAU